CUCAUAUCUUCUAUGCAAUAAUAUCUUAUGAUAUUUGAAUCAAUUUUAAAGUCAAAAUUGGAUGAAAAAAAAUGGAUCUGCAAAAAAUUAGAAUCCUUGUUGCUAUAGAUUUCGGAACGACUCAUUCGAGUUUUGUCUAUGUGCAUAUAGAAAAUCCGGAAACUAUCGUAAUGAACUCUACUUGGCCAGGACGUGAAGGUGUUUCUAAAAUUCCUACUGCACUUAAGUAUAAUGAAACUUAUACUCAAGUUAUAAAUUGGGGUGACUUGGCAUUAGAUGAGGAACUGGAUGAUACAGUUGAUGAUUUAAAUAAGCGUUCUUGUCCAAUUGAACUGUUUAAAUUACAUCUAUCUAAUUUAAGAGAAGAUCAAAAACCUUGGUUACCUCCGCAAUUAAAUUACAAGAAAGCAAUCGUAGAUUAUUUAACUCAAAUGCGGAUAUUGAUUAAAAGUACACUAGAAAGGAUGUGGCCGACAAUUAGUUUUCCGCAGCAAGUUGGUUUAAUUCUAACCAUUCCUGCUGAAUGGCCACCCCAUAAUACAACUGUCAUGCGCGAAUGUGCAUAUAAAGCUUGUCUCUUGACUACAUUAAACUCUACACAUCUUGAGUUUACUACUGAACCGGAUGCAAUUGCUUUAUAUUGCCUAAAUGUUAAGGGGCAUAAUCUUCAUUAUGGAGAUUCUUUCCUAGUUGCAGAUUGUGGUGAUGACACAGAAUUUUUACACUUUCUUGAGCGUAAAGUUGGAAUUCAAGCAUUAGAAAAAUUAAAACAAUGUGAAUAUGGACAAGUACAGUGUUUGAUUAAACAAUUUUUUUCUACUCGGAUUAGAUUUAAAUUUAACGAGGAUCGUGAAUGUUUUAGGACAUGCAAGCUUAAUUUGCAACAAUAUUGUCCUGAUUUACAGGAAUAUGUUACGGGAGAAUUUAAAGAGCAAAUGGAAGAAGCUGGAUGGAUCAUAAAGCUCGAUUUUGAAUCAGUGAAAAGGAUGUUUGAUCCAGUUGUAGAUAGAAUCAUAAAAUUGAUUGAUGGUCAAUUAAAUGAUGUUAAGGAACGAUGCCGUGCAAUAUUUUUAGUAGCCGCAGUUAUUAGAGGUGCUAUAAUAAAUGGAUUAAACGUUAAACCUACUCACGACUUGUCAAAUGAGGCAUCUUCUGUUCAUCGUAUUUAUGGAAUCAAAGCUACUCGCAAAUGGAAUCCUAGUGAUCCAAUUGAACGUAAACUUUCAGAUGGAAUGAUUAAUAUUUUUUUACAAAUAGCUAAACAAGGGAAUGAAAUUCCUAUUGAUACAGGAAUCUCAAUUAUUUUUAGUUCAAAUUUCAUUUCACGAAAUAGUAUAGAUUUAUUUAUUACAGAUGAACAUGAUGUAAAAUAUUGUGAUUCUCCUGGGGUAAAUUUAAUUGGUACAUUGAAGAUUAGUACGCCCAGUACAAUUAAAAACAGUGCUAUUUCGAUUACUUUAUUUUUUAGUAAUAUAACAAUUAAGGUUGUUGCUCAAGAAGUUGAUGAUAAAACUGGUUGGAAAUAUGAAACUUUAUUUAAUAAUAUAAAAUCGAUUCCAUUCUCUACCUUCGCUUACGCUGACUUUUCUAAUGGGGAUGCAGGUCAAUGGACCUGGACAACUGGUUAUUUUAAUUUGAUAAAAGGUCCAGUACUGAUUCUUAUCAUUUUCGUGGAUUAUUUACUAGAGACAUUUGAAAAUGUCAAAAUUUUCUCAGCUGGUGGUACUUCACCUUUUCAAAAAGAUUAUAAAGGUCUUAAAGUUAUAGAACUUGCUGGCAGUACCUUUUUUGUUAAGCAUAAAGGAAAGAAAUUUUCCGAAGCUUCAAUUAAAUGUGUUUAA